AUGAUGCGAACCAACGCCAAGAAUGAGUUCGAGAAAAAUUUGUUCAAGCUCAUGAACAAUGCGGUAUACGGUAAAACAAUGGAAAAUGUCCGUAAACAUGUCGACAUUAAGCUUGUCACCCAAUGGUUUGGCCGCUAUGGAGCUGAAGCCCUUAUUUCUCGCCCGAAUUUCCAUAGUCGAGCGAUAUUCGACGAAAAUCUGGUUGCCAUUGAACUGCGUAAAACCGAGGUACUACUCAACAAACCAAUCUAUGUGGGGUUAAGUGUGCUUGAUGUAUCCAAAACGCUAAUCUACGAUUUUCACUACGGGUAUAUGUUAAAAAAAUACGGCGACAAUUGUAAACUGAUGUAUACCGAUACAGACAGUCUAAUCUACGAAAUUAAAUGUAAAGAUAUCUACAAUGACAUGAAAAAUGACAUCCAAAAGUUCGAUACGUCAGACUAUCCCGCAAACAACGUGUACGGCAUUCCGCAAGCCAACAAAAAGAUUCUCGGUCUAAUGAAAGACGAAUGUAACGGCAAGAUCGUUACCGAAUUUGUUGGCUUGCGGAGUAAGAUGUACAGCGUACGGGUUGAAGGUCAAGAUUUUAUUAAAAAAGCUAAAGGCAUUAAAUCCGGCGUUGUUAAAAAGAGUAUUCACUUUGAUGAUUAUGUAAAAUGUCUGAGAGAUUUUGACAUUCAAACUCGAACGCAAUAUAACAUUAGAUCGCGGUUACACAAUGUCGAAACUGUAAAACAGAUAAAAGUAGCCUUAAGUCCGCAAGACGACAAACGAUAUUUGUUACCGGGGAGUACUGACACUCUACCGUGGGGACAUUAUGCGAUCCCUAAAAUCGACGAAUGA